AUGAAUGAAGAUGCCUCUGUCAUAAACUACUCAGAGAUAUUUAGCACGCUAGUAAAGGAUGACGGUGUGGACGACAUGGUAGCGUCGUUCUUAUAUUACAUGUUUCCUCGGGAGCUAUUUAUUCGUGGAUUAUCUCUUUUAGAGUCAUCUGAUAUGUUUAUCUAUGUAUUUGAUGCUAUGAAAGGAGAGUCUUCAGAAAGCGAAGUGAACACUGACGUAGAUACAUCUGUCAACUUAAGCUCGAAGGAAAAUAUAGCAACAUCAACCACCGCGACUCAAAUUAACGCCAAAGACAACUCUGUGGAUGUUACAAAAAAUUACCUGAAUAAGCUCUAUGAAGAUGAUGAUUUGCUUCAGUAUAGACUGAUUGUGAAAUCGUCAUCAUCAGAUGGUAUAGAGACCCCAGUUUACGUUGAUCUCCACAACUGGCUCUGUUCUUGCGAGGAAUAUACAGAAAUAAUGCGCGAGUGCUUACUGGCGGACAAGGAUCUAGUACAAGAAUUUGUUCAAUUGAUUGAUGACUUUAGUUGUUUUCGUGAUGAUACAUUUGGGCAGAUCGAAGCACAUAGUUUAUCGCUACAAAAAUACGUAAACACUAAGAAAUUGCUCUGUCCACAUUUACUUGCAUACUCGAUUAUUUUGCUAUCUUCACCCAAAGUUCUAAGGCACUAUACCGUUGAAAAACCUGGCGUCAUUGUCAUCCCGAUUACCAGCAUCGACGAAUGGUUGAAGUUACACAUCAAUGUGCUCUACAGUGAGAAGAAAUAA